ACUCUUAUAUUUUUUUACAUUCCACAGAUGUGUUAAGUAUAGUUUGUUGUGUUGCAUUCUUAUAGAUCAUAAUUGGGUUUUUCUUCCAUCUGAGCUUUCGCUAGCCACUAAGAAGAGGUUACUUCCGGAGAGUUUCGAAAUAUCAACAAGUUGCCAGGAUGGUCGAUUACAGCAAGUGGAAGGAUAUCGAGAUCUCAGAUGAUGAGGAUGACACCCAUCCCAAUAUCGACACACCAUCGCUGUUCAGAUGGAGACAUCAAGCCAGAUUGGAAAGAAUGGAGGAGAGAGAAAGAGAGAAGCAAUUGUUCAUCCAGAAAAAAGAAGAAACUGAGAAAAAAUUGAAAGAAACCAAAGAAAAAGUGAUCGAAUUGAAAAAGCAACAGGUAACCUCGACAAAUUUGGAGACACUAGAGAAGGCAUUGCAAGAUCUAGAAAAAGAGCAAGAGGAGUUGAAGCAGAAAGACUUGGAAAUGAAAAAGAAAGAGCAGCUUACUCCCUGGAAUGUGGAUACCAUUGCUCAGGAGGGUUUUACCAAAACUGUGAUUAACAAAAAAAUUCCAAGGAAGGAUGACGAUUCUUGUUUGCCGGAUGAGGAAAAGGAGAAGAUCAUGAAAAAGUUUGUCAAGGAGAAUGAAAAGAAGCUUAAGGAAUAUGGUAUGCUAAGAAGGUACGAUGACAGCAAAAAGUACUUGCAAGACAAUCCUCAGUUAGUCUGUGAAAAUACAGCCAACUAUUUGGUUAUUUGGUGUAUAAAUUUAGAAAUGGAGGAGAAACAUGACCUAAUGAAGCACGUUGCUCACCAGUGCAUAUGUAUGCAGUAUAUUUUGGAACUCUCAAAACAGUUAGAUGUCGAUCCUAGGGCGUGCGUUGGCUCGUUUUUCAGUCGCAUACAGAUUGCCGAAGUUGAAUACAAAAAUUCGUUUGACGACGAGCUUAGGUUGUUUAAGGAAAGAAUUCGCAAGAGAGCAGCUGAAAAGCUCGCUCAAGCCAUGAAAGAAGCCGAAGAAGAGGAAAGAAAGGCUCGUCUAGGCCCUGGUGGAUUGGACCCAGUUGAAGUGUUUGAAAGUCUUCCAGAGCCCUUGCAAAAAUGCUUUGAAGUGCAAGAUAUUCCACUACUACAGAAGACCAUUGCUGAAAUGCCAGAAGACGAGGCGCGAUAUCACAUGAAAAGAUGUAUCGACAGUGGAUUAUGGGUGCCCGAUGCAAAGUCCAAGGAAAAAAUUGACGCUCCAGCAGAAGAAACGACAGAAAAAUCCUCAACCGAAACACCAGAUCCUGAAUAGUUGCAAUCUGAACAAACGGUAUCUUACUUAUGCCACAAAUUACUUGUGUGCAAAAGGUUACUUGAAAUCGAAAUAACGUGUAUUUUUAAUCACUACCUUGGAAUCAUGCUUUUCUUAUAGUCAAUCGUUUAAAUAGUUAGUUGUAAUGACUGCAAAAAUAAGAUGAUUUUCAUUCGUUGGUCGAAAACUGCAAUGAAACCGCGAGCAUUCGAGAUAUUAUACUUGUAAUUACUUUUUGUUUCACAGCUGCAUUAAAAUUUUUGUUCUUCGUAUUACUUACUCGAGAUAGUCGGUUUCAUUGAUUAGUAAUUACUCAUAUUUGUAUUACCUUUUACCUAAAGACUUUUUUUUUUUAUAUUAUUUUCCACUUCGUACACAUACUUGGCAAUCGCGUAUAACAUAAGUUGUAUAAUGUUGAGUAUAUUUGUAUUGAAUACUAUACUUUUUAUUGGAGACUAGCAUUUGAAUUGUACAUAAAUGAAAUAUACUAUUUUUUGAAUGUCAACUUAGUUUUUGGCACAUUAAAUCGUUUUAAUCCUAUUACGUUUAAAUAAAAGUACUAAUGACCUAAUUGAAUAAGACUG